GUGUGGGACGGACGUGUAUCGGUUUGUUAAUGAAGCGUCGUCUUACCCUGUCCUAGCACUGCGUGGGUGAGGGGAGGAUAUAUAAGAUCGAUAGGCCUACAGCUCAAAUAAAUAAAUAAAUAAACGUGAGCGUGGAAUAGCCUACAGUAUUAUUUCCAAAAUAUCCGUCUCCAUACAGUAGCCUAGUCUAUUCCGUUUUCUCGGAUUGGUACGCCGGUUGCCUACUGCCAAAGGGGAAGAGGCGCAUCCGCUGUCGACUGUAUGAGAAGGGCAACGCGCUUAUCAGACAUUACUAAUCAGAAAAAAAGGUCGGGAGUAAAGAUUUUAAUCCUCGAGCCUACACAAAUUCUGUGCGUCAUCGUUUUAAAAUCGUUAUUUUCAUAGAUUCAACAUUCUACGGGUGCGUUUUCCUCUUCGGGUUUAACCGUUUGCGGGCGUCGUGGAGAAACAGUUGCUCGAAUGUCUAUACGAUCUUUCUGUAAAACGGUAACGGAAUCCUCUGUGUACUUUUGAUGAAGGUUGGAGUUUUGGCCAGAUAAAUUAAUUCGGAGGAUAAGCAACGGUACGCUUUUGCAACGUUUUCAUUUUCCCGAUUAGCAAUUUUCUAUUGCACUAUUGCUGUGGGGCGAGGAUUUAGAUUGUAUUUCCAGCGUAGUAUUACGUAACAGUAGCUUUAUCCAAGGUGCUGAACUCACCGUAUAGCGGGACACAAGGCAAGAAGGUCACAGGCCUGUGAGGGAUUGGAGACUGCACCGCACUGGCAACGGUGAUACCGUUAUCCCUGUAGGAACACAGUCUUUAUUUUUUAUUUUUUUAUCUUCUCCUGGGUGAAAUACAUUCUGAAGGUGGUCGACUACACAGGGAGAAAAUGUCGGGGCAGACGCUCACAGAUCGUAUUGCCGCUGCGCAGUACCAGUUGACGGGAUCGGAGGUAUCUCGCGCUGUCUGCAAAGCCACCACUCACGAAGUGAUGGCGCCUAAGAAAAAGCACCUGGAAUAUCUGAUCUCUGCCACCAAUGCGACCAAUGUGAACAUCCCUCAAAUGGCAGACACCCUGUUUGAGAGAGCCACUAACGCCAGCUGGAUCGUCGUCUUCAAGGCCCUAGUCACCACACACCACAUGUGUGUCCAUGGCAAUGAGAGGUUCAUCCAGUACCUCGCCUCCAGGACUGCUCUGUUCAACCUCAGCAACUUUAUCGACAAAACAGGCUCCCACGGCUAUGACAUGUCUACGUUCAUCAGACGUUAUGGCCGCUACCUCAAUGAGAGGGCUUUUGCGUACCGCCAGAUGGCCUUCGACUUCACCAAAGUCAAGAAAGGUGCUGAGGGAGUGAUGAGGACAAUGGCUCCAGACAAGCUGUUGAAAGGCAUGCCUGUCCUCCAGGCCCAGAUUGACACACUGCUGGAGUUUGAUGUCCAUCCCAAGGAGUUGAAUAACCCUAUCAUAAAUGCAGCAUUCCUACUGCUCUUCAAGGAUCUGGUCAAGCUUUUUGCUUCCUACAACGAUGGGAUCAUUAAUCUAUUAGAGAAAUACUUUAAGAUGAAGAAGAGUGACUGCAAGGAGGCCUUGGAGAUCUACAAGAGGUUCCUGACCAGGGUCACCAAGAUUGGAGAGUUCAUGAAGCUUGCAGAGACAGUUGGAGUUGACAAAAAUGACAUUCCAGACAUCAACUAUGCUCCCAGUAGCAUCCUGGAGUCUCUGGAGACACAUAUGAACAGCCUGGAGGGAAAGAAGGGUGAAGGGUCUCCAACAAAGGGAUCCCCUACCAAUAACGUGUCCCCUACCUCCACCCCCGCCAAAUCUGCAGCCGCUGUGCCCACCCUAGCGCCACCACCCGAGGAAGCCACCGAUUCUCUGUUGGAUCUGGACCCCCUCUCCUCCUCGGGGCCCUCAGCGGGGGCCUCAGCAGCCCCGACGUCCUGGGGAGACCUCCUGGGAUCUGAUGCCUUUUCAACACCUGUUCCCGCCUCCGAUGCAUCUGCUGCUGCCGAGGGCGGGGCUCCGGUCUCCACGCCAACCCCAGCCUCUGAUACUACAGCCGACCCCUUUGCGUCCUCUGGUGGCAGCUCAGGUGCAGCAGGCUCCGGGCUGGACCUAUUCGCCAUGAUGCCAGUGGAGAACAACUGCUUUAACUCAGUGGCGCCUCCUCCUGCCCCCUCAUCGACCAUUACCGCACCCAUCCCCCCUCCCACUACCCCGUCGAUAGACCUCUUCAGUGCUAUGUUUGAUUCUAUGCCAGAUCCACGAUCCACCAAAGCAGACCCUACCCCCAGUGUUGACAUGUUUGGAGCAGCUGGUGUAUUCUCAUCUCCUGCACCCCUCCUCUCCUCUGCACCCCCAACGGACAAGGGGGUGAUCAUGGACCUGUUCGGGGACUCCAGCGGUGGAGAGACCCAGCCUGCUGCCCCUGCGUCUGCCUCUGGCGCUGAGCUGAUGGCAGCUUUUGAUGGGUUAGGUGAUGUGUUGAUGCCCGCCAUGACCCCCCAGGGCGGGGCCACCAUGUCUCCAGUCAAACCCAUGGGAGGAGACCUGGACGCCACCAUGGCUAGCAUGGCUAGCAAUCUGGGAAUGGGGAGCCAAAAACCGGGGGAGAACACGAUGGGAGGCGGAGGCUGGUCAACUCCUCAGGUAGCUCCUGCAAGUUGGGGCUCACCCAUGAACGUUCCAAUGGGUUCCCCUUCUUUUAUGGGGUCUUACCAAGGAUUCAGCAUGGGAGGGGCGGCUGGCGUUGGAGCUCCCAUGAUGCCCAUGGUUAGGCCAGGCUUUGGCGGCACUGCAGCUCCGGGAGCACCGAUGGGAUCUCCGGGGAUGGCCGGGAGCCCAAGGAGACCUCCACCCCCCAAGAAUGCCCUGGACGACCUCAACAUCAAGGACUUCAUGUAAACGCCUGAAUAACCAACCCUCCAAGAGGUUGCCGUUGUGUCUGGAGCUCUGUGGAUGUGUGCACUCCCCGUCUCCCUCCUGUCACGCCCCCAACCCCAUCAGCCAAUCAGCACUACGAUCCUCGCCCUCUGACUUCCCUGUAACCGCCUGGCCUCCCUCUCUGUCUGUAUGUUGUAGCACAAACUGUGGAUGUGAAUCAUAGAUACAGAAAACAAAAAAACGUGGAUGUUUGUGUGAGUGUGUGUACUUCAAUGUUAUCCUUUGCUUAAACUAAGUGAAAAAAAUAUACCAUAAAAAUCUCAAGUGUAUUUAGAAUUAAUUCUGGAACUCCUGCGUAUCAACUGACUUGGAAUGGUGGAUCUGUGUUGAUUUUCUUGCGCGUUUCCCAGACGAGGACUGUGUUGUUAACUGUGGACUUUGUUCAGUGUGUGUAAACCUCACUGGCCAAUCCCUGCUUAUUACCUUCAUUCACUCUCCAGUCAAAUUCCGUACUGUGUUUCUGACAUCAUUCAAUUCUAAUAGUUGUACCUCUUCCUUCAUUGAUCCAUUCAGCCUCUUUUAGAACACAGUUCUAUUGGUGUAUAUUGAUAUAUUAUGAAAUGUUUAAAUGUUGCAACUGUCACCACAAAUCUGGGUUUACAAGAUUACAAAUCAAAGGACAGCCUCCAUCUUCUAUUCAGUUCAUUUGUGAUUUUUUUUCCAGUUGUUUUUUGAUUAUGUGUUACAUGCAACAUUUAUGAACUGUGUUCAAAUUGACUUAUGCAUUUUUAAAUGAUAGAUUAUACAUAUAUUUCUUUAAUCUUUAUUUUGACAGAAAUUGUAUCAUAUAUUUUAUUUAUGUCUAUGAAUUGUAAUUUGAAGAAGACGCAUUCCCCUGUAAAUAUGUUUCUGUCUAUAUUUGGAGGCAGUAUUGAACGGAAACUCCCAGUAUUUACUGUUGCACUCCCCGUUGGUGUGGAGUCCUUCUGCAUGUCAAGUGAACAUGAUCUUGGCUGCAUCCAAACACUUUAAAAACAGAAUCCUAGUCUACUCGUCUUAUUUCCUUAACUGAAAGUUGUCUGAAUUGAAUCAAUAGAUGGAAGGUAGUUGGCGGAAUCCAAUGCAGCCCUUACACCUAUCAGUGGUCACGAAAUGAAUGAAGCAAGCAAAGGUUUGUAAGUGUUAGAGGGACACAACCUCGUCCACCGAAGGUCAUCAUGGAGCAGUGGUCAGUUGGACUGAAUGGCCUCCUGAUGGUAGAUGCGCCAUAGAUGUUGGGAACUAAUUGGCUGAAUAGCCUUCAGAUAUACACUGGAUGUUCCUUUUGUCGUUUCCCCCUAAAGUGACUGUAUCUUGUGAAACAAAGUGUUGAGAAAGAAAAAUACAAAUAAAAUGUAUAAAUGAAAAGAAAGAGGAAAACAUUGUUUGCUAUAUAUUUGGUUGAAGCCAUUGUUGUUUGGUUCUUGAAUGGCAUCAACAUUCUCCUUCCCCUACUUGCAUGUGACUCCCAUUGAGAUGCAAUAAACUACAAAUACACUGAU